AUGGAGCAAUAUGACGUGGCAGUUGUUGGACUUGGUGUCCUCGGAAGUGCAGCGGCAUACCACGCCGCUCAAAAGGGCAAGAAAGUCGUCGCAUUUGAGCAGUUCGAGCUGGGUCACGUUCACGGUGCCUCUCAUGACACAUCGCGCAUUGUCAGAACCACAAACUCAUCACCUGAAUAUGUGGCUCUGGCCCAAGCUGCUUAUAAGGACUGGGCUGCCCUCGAAAAGGCCACACAUCAAAAGCUGUUGACGAUUACGGACGCCCCAACUCCCAUCGGGGACUUCACGAGAAGUUUGGAUGCCCGGAAUGUUCCAUAUGAGGUUCUCAAUGCCAAGGAAGUGAACAAGCGAUGGCCCCAAUUCGACAUUCCGGAUACCGUCGAUACAGUAUAUACAGCCGAUACCGGCAUUGCUCAUGCUGCAAAGACCGUCUUGGCUAUGCAGAGCCUGGCGCGUAUCCACGGUGCGGUGCUGAAAGAACAUACACGAGUGGACCGCGUGAUUCCCAAGGCGUCAGGUUCUGGUGUUGUCAUCCAGACGUCAAAGGGACAAGUUCACGCAGCCAAAGUGAUUCUUGCAGCCGACGCAUGGACAAACAAGCUUCUCGCCCCUCUCGGCGUACAUAUCCCAUUGUCAGUGAUGCAAGAACAAGUGACAUAUUUUAAGCCGACAGAAGAGCAAGCUUGGGAGUCUAGCCGUUUCCCUGUGUGGAUCUGGGGCGGCGAUCCUUGUUUCUACGGCUUCCCAUCUUUCGGCGAGCCAACCAUCAAGGCUGCCCGUGAUACAUCCAAUAACUUCAUGACACCUGAGCAGCGUACCUAUGUACACUCCCCCCAGUUGCUCGAGCAGCUUAAUUCAUUUAUGGGCAAAGUCAUGCCAGACAAUGGCCGCCAGCCACUUCGAACCGUCACUUGUCAGUACACCAUUACGCCAGAUAGACAGUUCGUUAUCAGCCCCCUGGAAAAGCAUCGGGAUAUAAUCGUUGGUCUUGGAGCUGCUCAUGCUUUCAAAUUCGCACCGGCCUUCGGUCGUGUUCUGGCGGAGUUGGCUAUUGAUGGGAAGAGCACAGAGGAUCUUUCCAAGUUUGGCAUUCCGCAGACAGCGACUUAUACCAGCAAGCUUUGA